UUCGGUGGGCGGAGCCAGCCCCCGGGAGCCGGGCCAUAUAGCGCGUCGCGAGGCGAGGCUCCGGCCGAGCUCGUGUCCCCGGCCGGCGCGGUUCUGUGAGCGUGGCUGGGAGCCGGCGGCCCGCUUGCGUCCGACCUGCCCCGCGGCCGGCACCGGCCCGCAGCCCUCUCCGCCUGCAAAGCCGCGGCCGGGGCGUGCGCGGGAACCUGCCGGCAGGGCAGAGCCUCCGCUGUCAGGGGGCCAGUGGGAUUUUCCCGUGUCACCUCCGCGCCCAGGCGGGGCCGCUCCCUCCCCCAUGGCUCGCGGCAAGGCGAAGGAAGGCGAUGGCAACUGGAAGAAAUUCAUCUGGAACUCGGAGAAGAAGGAGUUUCUGGGCAGGACCGGCGGCAGCUGGUUUAAGAUCUUUCUCUUCUACCUGAUCUUCUAUGGCUGCCUGGCAGGUAUAUUCAUUGGGACCAUUCAAGUGAUGUUGCUCACUAUCAGUGAAUUCGAACCCAAAUAUCAGGAUCGAGUGGCACCCCCAGGACUGACCGUAAUCCCCCGAGUACUAAAGACAGAAAUUUCCUUUAGUAUUUCUGAUCCCAAAACUUAUGAAGCGUAUGUGGCAGGCCUUAACGAAUUCUUGAAUGCCUACAACAAUGAUCAACAAGCCAACAAUAUGAUAUUUGACGAUUGCCCUGAAAAACCUGAAGACUACAUCGACCGAGGAGCAUUUAAUAAUGGCCAGGGUCAGAAAAAAGUCUGCAGGUUCAAACGUGAGUGGCUGGAAAACUGCUCCGGAAUACUUGAUACCAGCUAUGGAUACAAAGAUGGAAAACCAUGUGUUGUCGCCAAGCUCAACAGAAUUCUAGGCUUCAAACCAAAGCCUCCACUAAACGACAGCCUCCCUCCCGAGAUGAUGGGAAAAUACAAUCCAUAUGUCAUCCCUAUUCAUUGCUUUGCCAAGAAAGAGGAAGAUGUUGACAAAGUUGGCACCGUUGAAUAUUAUGGGAUGGCUGGCUAUGCUGGCUUUCCUCUACAAUAUUAUCCAUACUACGGCAAGCUGCUCCAGCCACAGUAUCUCCAGCCUCUCCUGGCAGUGCAAUUCACUAACCUGACCUUAGACAUGGAAGUGCGUGUGGAGUGCAAGGUCUAUGGUGAGAACAUCCAUUACAGUGACAAAGACCGUUUUCAGGGACGUUUUGAAGUGAAAUUUGACAUAAAGAGCAGCUGAUCAUAAGCACAAUUUUCUUUUCUCCCCUCCUAGCCAUUUAAAAAGUAAAAAACCUACUAGUCUUGAACAAACUGUCAUACGUAUGGGACCUACACAUAAUCUAUAUGCUUUACACUAGCUUUCUGCAUUACUAGGUUAGAAUGUAAACUUCAAGUGUAGCAAUAGUGACAAAAUAUUUAUUCUACUGUAAAUGACAAAAAAAAUUGAGCCUUGGGAUGUGCCCAUUUUUACUGUAAAUUAUGAUUCCAUAACUGACUUGUAGUAAGCAGUGUUUCUGGCCCCUAAGUAUUGCUGCCUUGUGUAUUUUAUUUAGUGUACAGUACUAUAGGUACAUACUCUGGUCAUUUUUCAAGCCAUGUAUUGUAUCUGUUUUCUACUUCCGUGAGCAAAGAUUUUUGCUGCCUGAGGUGUAAAUACUCAAUGGGACUAGAACUGGCAUGGUACUUUAUUUUUUCCGUUUAAAGAUAAAGGCCCACCUGUGAGAUUAUUUAACAGCACUCCAUAGAUCCUUUUUAUUUUCCUGUGGUGUAAGGGUAUUUUAUUUGGAGGGGUGGCAGGGGAAACUAAUUUGAGUUCAUGACUAAAUAAAAAAGGUGAUUGUGUACUGUGCUCCGUAGUGAAUGCUCUUUCCACCCUCAUCCUCCACUAUGUUGUGAGAGACCUGAGUCAGGCUAGCCCCACCAGUGAUGACUGAUGAUUAUUUGCUUUGUGUAUACUUUUUUUUCCCCCUCCUGCUGGCAGCAUCACACCAUGUGGUGCUAAUGUCUUUAUUGAAUGUUUUAACCAUUUUCAUGGUGGAAGAUUUUAUAUUUAUGCAGUUGUACAAUUUUAUUUUUUCUGCAAGGAAGUGUAAUGUAUGAAAAACCAAAGUCACUUGUUUGAAAAUAAAUCUUUAUUUUGAACUUUAUAAAAAGCAAUGCCGUACCCCAUAGAAUGGUGUUAAAUGUUGUCUAAAGUGUAAAACUCUGUUCUAACAUAUGUAAUAAAUAGCCAGGAGCACAGUGCUCUUGCUCUUGUAUUUCAGUCAGGUUAAAACAUUGGACAAUAAAUGAAUGAACACA